AUGCACCCGGUUCUUCCUAGUAGUACCCAGGGCUUCUGUUCAGCUGGCCUCUCAUGCAUCAUCGCGCAAACUUUACCCAUCAAUCGCGUUCAUGCAUGCAUACCCAGGCCACACACCCAGAUCUGCUUCCCAGUCCAAUCUGCAACUUCAUGCCUGAUGAUGGAUCUAUCUGGCCAGGUGCAUAUUCACAUCAAGCCGUCUCUACAUUGCCGACUACAUACGGACAAGAUCUGCACGCUGUUUUGGUUUCCCAAAUACUGGACCCCAACACCCGAGUCCAAGUACUUUCGCACCGUCUUCUCUCUUUUGCAACUGAGCUGCCUUCCUUCGUCUAUCUCUGGUUCCAUUGCCCUUGCUCUCCAGGCAUGUGGCUUCGUCUUCUCAGGUAACGGCCUUUUGCGCCUGUUGACUGCUGAAGUCGAAGACGACGACUGCCUGCUUAUCGAGAAGGUCUUGGCUGAAGAUGGCAAUGUCGAUGACCCAGUGUAUGUGACCUCUGGCGUCAAGCCGGGUACGGUAGCCACAUAUGUUGCGACACCGGACAUGGUAUCCCGUCCCGUUUGUUUCCUUCAGUCAUUGCCAACGCAACCUAACCCCCACACAAAAGCAGCUGAAAAGAAAGAAAGAAUGAUCCUUCUGCUUAGCGUCAAGGACAACGAUCUUCUCAACUGCCAUCGUUUUCAACCCCACAGCGAGGAAGAGCGCUGGAUUGAGCACCCGCUCGACACGACCGAGCCUAUCAUCCUGCACAAGCAGAGCAAGAUGACCAGUGUCUCACUCGUAUCCGGGGCCCACGUGUUCUUCCAGGUGCCCAGUGGCGCUCUUGUGGAUCUGCAGUAUCAGCACGACACGAACCGCUGGACGGCCCAGAUAAUGCGCACGCAGGUUACAGUUCAACCUGGGAGCCCGCUCUGUGCUAUCCAGGGGCCGUCAAGCGUUUCCCUCUUCUUUGUUGGGGACAAUAACUGCAUCUACUAUGUUACCCGAUCCACUGUACAGGAUGCCUCUGAAUGGGAGGUCCUCCCAGGAGCUCGUUUUGAGCAGGUCCCCGACGGACUGCUUGUGGUCCCUGAUGAAGGUGAACCGGGCGCCUUCAUCUCGUACGUGUUGUUGGGAAGCCAGUUGUGCAAGGUGGAUACGACAGGGGAGAAACCAGUGGGAACGAUCGGUGAGGACGGGACCUUCUACCCAAUCGACUCGCAGGAGUCCGCAAUUAUUAUCAACAUAUACUGCCCGACGUUAUUCAUCAACGGGGGCUUGUUUGGUGGAGGAGGGGCCGGUGGUUAUGGAGGCGGAGGCGGAGGGGGUGGAUGGUCCAUGAGAGGAGGCAGGUGGUUCUGA